AGGGGCUCGAGUCGGGGAGCCCCGCCCUCCGCCCGCCGGGCUGCCCCCCCCCCCGGAGAGCAGCGUUGCGUGUGUCUCGAUCGCCUGCCGCCCCGCCCUCCCAUGGCGCCCGCCGCCCCGCUGGGCCCGUGAGCGCUGCGGCGGCACCCCCCCGUGCCGUGGGCCGCCUCCGGGCCCGCGCGCGCCACAAUGGGCGCCGUGUGCAGCGGGGGGCACCCCGCGGUGGAGGUGUCCUACCAGGGGCGCGAGUUCGAGCUCCCCGAAUGCCCCAGGGCGGCCCUGAGGACCGCCCGGCUCUUCACCGACUACGUCCACUCGGAGCUCCUCCUGCGGGGCGUCGUCGACAGGUCUGCGAUCCUCCGGCUCUACUGGAGCUCCACCGGCCUGGAGGUCCUCGACGCCGACCUCGGGGAUCUGCGGGCGCUGCGCCGGCGCGGGGAGCUCUCGGUGCGCGCGGAGCGCUCCGCGGCGAGCGACGCCGCCCGCGACAAGUACAGGCUGGAGGAGCAGGUGA